GGGCGGCAGGGCGCGGGGCGCGCGCGCGGGGCCGGUCCCGCCGCCCGCCGUGAGGGGGAGCGGAAUCUCCCGCCAUUUUUCAACCGUCCCGCCCGGGCACCCCCCCCCCCCUCCCCACACACCCCCCACCCGGCCGGGCCCCCGCCAUGGCGCCGCUGCUCGGCCGCAAGCCCUUCCCGCUGGCCAAGCCGCUGCCGCCGGGAGAGCCCGGCGAGCGGUUCGUCAUCCCCCACACGCAGGAGGCCUUCCGCACCCGCGAAGAGUACGAGGCGCGUUUGGAGAGAUACAGCGAGCGGAUCUGGACGUGCAAGAGCACAGGAAGCAGCCAGCUGACACACAAAGAGGCUUGGGAGGAGGAGCAGGAAGUUGCUGAGCUCUUGAAGGAGGAAUUCCCCAUCUGGUAUGAGAAACAGGUCCUGGAAAUUGUCCACCACAACACGGUGUCUUUGGAAAAGUUGGUGGAUGCAGCCUGGCUGGAGAUCAUGACCAAAUUCGCAGUGGGAGAAGAGUGUGACUUUGAGGUUGGCAAGGAGAAAAUGUUGCCUGUGAAGGUUGUGAAGAUCCAUCCCCUGGAGAAAGUUGAUGAAGAGGCCUCGGAAAAGAAAUCCGAUGGAGCCUGUGAUUCCCCAUCCAGUGACAAGGAGAACUCCAGCCAGGCAGCCCAGGACAACCAGAAGGAAGCUCUCCUGAAGGAGGAUGACAACAGGAGGGAAAGCAUGAAUGAUCGAGCCCGUAGGUCUCCUCGGAAGCUUCCCACUUCUUUGAAGAAGGAAGAAAGGAAGUGGGUUCCACCUAAAUUCCUGCCACACAAAUACGAUGUGAAACUGAAAAAUGAAGAUAAGAUCAUCAGCAACGUUCCAGCAGACAGCCUGGUCCGUACAGAGCGCCCUCCCAACAAGGAGAUCCUGAGGUACUUCAUCCGGCACAACGCGCUCCGCGCCGGCACCUGCGAGAACGCCCCGUGGGUCGUGGAGGAUGAGCUGGUGAAGAAAUACUCUCUGCCCAGUAAAUUCAGUGACUUCUUGCUUGACCCACAUAAGUAUAUGACUCUCAACCCCUCAACCAAGAGGAAAAGCUCUCGAUCACCUGACAGAAAGCUUGCUAAGAAAUCCAAAACAGAUGGAUCAUCCCUGGGGCAGCCUCUGAGCCCCACUCUGUGGUGCCACGUGCAUUUGGAGAAAUCUAUAAUUGGCUCUCCACUGAAGGUGAAAAACUCUAAGAAUUCAAAAAGUCCUAAAGAGGAGCUGGAAGAGGUGAUGAAAAUUGUGUCACCUGCUAAACUUGGUUCUAACUUUCACAUUCCAAAGAGGAGUCGAUUAGGAAAGGGCGACAACAAAUCCUUGGACAAAAAGCAAAGAGGCAAAAGGGUUCUGAAUGGGCAGAAAUCAUCGGGGAAAGCCAAGUCUCCCAGGAAAGGCCUGAAGACCCCCAAGAUGAAAAUGAAACAAAUGACACUGUUGGACAUGGCUAAAGGUACCACUAAGGUGUCCAGGACUCCCAGGAAUUCUGGAGGCACCCCUGGAUCUUCCAGGAAACCCCAGAAGCACCUGCCUCCUGCAGCGCUCCAUCUCAUUGCCUAUUACAAGGAAAACAAAGACCGGGAGGACAAAAAAAGUGCUCUUUCCUGCAUCAUCUCCAAAACUGCUCGGCUGCUCUCCAACGAGGACCGGGCCCGGCUCCCCGAGGACCUGCGGGGCUUGGUGCAGAAACGCUACGAGCUCCUGGAGCACAGGAAGAGAUGGGCCACCAUGACUGAGGAGCAGAGGAAGGAGUACAUGAAGAAGAAGAGGGAGAAGCUGAAAGAGAAACUGAAGGAGAGAGCGAAGGAGCGGAAGGAGAAGGAGAUGAAGGAAAAACUGGAAAAACAGAAGAGAUUUGAGGACCAAGAUCUGAAAGGGAAGACAUUGCCUACUUUCAAACUGGUUGAUACUCCAGAAGGACUUCCUAACACGCUCUUUGGGGAUGUGGCCAUGGUGGUGGAGUUCCUGAGCUGUUACUCAGGGUUAUUGAUGCCGGAUGCUCAGUAUCCCAUCACGGCCGUGUCCCUGAUGGAAGCCCUCUGUGCAGAAAAGGGAGGCUUCCUGUACUUGAACCGAGUACUGGUGAUUCUCUUGCAGACCCUGCUGCAGGAUGAAAUUGCUGAGGAUUAUGCUGAGCUGGGAAUGAAGCUCUCUGAGAUCCCACUUACCCUGCAUUCCGCUUCCGAGCUGGUUCGCCUGUGCCUGCGCAAGUCGGACGUGCAAGAGGAGAGCGAGGUCUCGGAUAACGUAGAUGAGAGCAAGGAUUCGGCAGCUUUUGACGAUAACGAAGUACAGGAUGAGUUUUUGGAGAAACUGGAGACGUCCGAGUUCUUUGAGUUGACUCCUGAAGAGAAGUUGCGGAUCCUCGGAGCGCUGUGCCACCGGAUCCUCAUGACGUACUCGGUGCAGGACCACGUGGAGGCCAAGCAACAGGCGUCGGCUGAGCUGUGGAAGGAGCGCCUGGCCGUCCUCAAGGAGGAGAACGACAAGAAGAGGGCAGAGAAACAGAAGAGAAAAGAGAUGGUGGCCAAGAACAAGGAGAACGGCAAAGAUGAGCAUAUGAUGGGCAGGAAUGAGAAGAAAAAAGAGAUGAUGAAAAUGGAGCACCGGGUGGAGAUGGAAGCCGACGACAUGAUCAGUGCUGUGAAGAGCAGGCGCCUUCUCGCCAUCCAAGCCAAGAAAGAGAGGGAGCAACAAGAAAUACAGAUGAGAGUGAGGAUGGAGAGAGAAGCAGAGGAAGAAAGAAUCCGGAGGCAUAAAGCUGCAGCUGAGAAAACCUUCCAGGAUGGAAUUGCCAAAGCCAAGCUGGUGAUGCGCAGAACCCCGGUGGGCACCGACCGGAACCACAACAGGUAUUGGCUGUUCUCAGAUGAGGUUCCUGGAUUGUUCAUCGAGAAGGGUUGGGUACAUGACAGUAUAGACUACAGGUUCACCCUGCCCCACCAGAAAAAGGAAGAUCUGAAGAAGGACCACAGCCCUGGAGAGAAGCGGAAGAGCACAGGCAGCGACGGCCGAGGGACCAAACUGCCCCGCUCCGUGCCCAGCACAGACCUGCCUGCCGAGACCACCACUCCCAAGCAGGGCCAGAACUUAUGGUUUCUCUGUGACAGUCAGAAGGAUUUGGAUGAGCUGCUGGAUUGCCUGCACCCCCAAGGAGUGAGGGAGAGCCAGCUCAAAGAGCGCCUGGAGAAAAAGUAUCAGGACAUCACACAUUCCAUCCAUUUGGCUCGGAAACAGAACCUGGGCCUCAAAUCCUGUGAUGGCAACCAGGAGCUGCUGAACUACCUCCGGAGUGACCUGAUCGAGGUUGCGACGCGGCUGCAGAAGGGAGGCCUGGGAUACGUCGAUGUGACACCGGAGUAUGAAGCAAAAGUGUACUCACUGGAGAGCCUGAAGGAUUUUGGAGAGUGUGUGAUUGCACUCCAGGCUGGGGUUGUGAAGAAGUUUCUGCAAGGUUUCAUGGCCCCCAAGCAGAAGAGAAGGAAACACCAAGGAGAGGACUACAUUGCCAAGGCUGAGGAGAUAGAUGAAGACAAGAAAAUGGCAGAAGAAGCCAAGGUUGCUUCAGCCAUGGAGAAGUGGAAGGCGGCGAUCCGGGAGGCGCAGACCUUCUCCCGCAUGCACGUCCUGCUGGGAAUGCUGGAUGCCUGCAUCAAGUGGGACAUGUCAGCAGAGAAUGCCAGGUGCAAAGUGUGCCGCAAGAAAGGUGAGGAUGACAAGCUGAUCCUGUGUGACGAGUGUAACAAGGCCUUCCACCUGUUCUGCCUGCGGCCGGCGCUCUACGAGAUCCCGGACGGGGAGUGGCAGUGCCCGGCGUGCCAACCUUCCACCGCCCGGCGCAGCUCCCGGGGCAGGAGCUAUGCAGAGGAUUCUGCUGAAGAUGAAGGUGAAGAAGGUGAGGAAGCUUCUGAUGAACCAGAUGCUGAGGAGGAAGAGGAGGAGGAAGAAGAUUAUGAAGUUGCUGGACUGAAAUUGAGGCCCAGGAGGGCAGCCCGGGGCAAGCAGGGCUCCAUGUACUCCUCGAGGCAGGGAAGGCACCAGAGGAAGAAGCAGGCACUGAACCCAGCCCGGGGACCCCGGCAGCGCACGGCACCUGUCAACGGCGCAGACAUCGAUGAGCUGGUCCUUCAGACGAAGAGGACGGCGCGUCGCCAGAGCCUCGAGCUGCAGAAGUGUGAGGAAAUCCUGGGCAAGCUGGUCAAGUACCGCUUCAGCUGGCCCUUCAGGGAGCCAGUGACCACGGAGGAAGCUGAAGACUACUUUGAGGUCAUCAGCAACCCCAUGGACUUCCAGACUAUGCAGAGCAAGUGCUCCUGUGGCAACUACCGCUCCGUGCAGGAGUUCCUGUCCGACAUGAAGCAGGUGUUCUCCAACGCCGAGCGCUACAACCAGAACGGGAGUCACGUACUGUCCUGCCUGGAGAAGACAGAGCAGUGUUUGAUUGACAUGGUGCACAAACACCUACCAGGCCACACGUAUGUGCGCAGGAAACGCAAGCAGCUCUCUGCCAGGGGCCAGGGACUGGAGGAGCAGGAAGGGGACAGUGAGUCAGAGCCCCUCGAACAUUCCCGGGGGCGGAAAAGGAAGAAAUGAGGGAUGGGGAGACUUAAGGGGAGAGCCAGAGCUGGAGCAGGCCUUCUGGUGCUGCUGGGCAGCAGGAUGGGUUGUCUGGAGGGAGCUGGGAAGCAGCAGGCACUUCUCUAUUAAUCCAGCCUUCCCUUUGGCCCAUCCUAGUUUUAAUUUUUCUGCAAUUUCCUCAAGUAUUUGGUCAUCCAUUGAGCAGAGAUGACUUACUGCUUCCUGCAAAAUCCACAAAGCUCUUCACGAGUCUGUCCUGCCAGGAGGGGAAGGUGGGGAGGGCAAGGGGAGGGCCCGGCUAAGCCUGGCUGGGCAGGGGAGCACCAAGCCUACUCCAGCUCGGGCGCCGUCGGCUUCCUGGGAAUGAGCCGCUUCCUCCCCUCCGUGAGCAGCCGGAGCACAGUGGGACUGUGUGCUGGCAGUGCUGGGAGCCCAGCAGGGAGGGAUCAUGUUGCUCCACGGAAGGACUGGGUGCCAUCAGGCCAAUGGGCUGCUCGGGCUUGUAUGUAUAUAUUUAUAUGGUGUUAAUGCCGAGCCCCGGUGCCGGGGCUGCGUGGGGCGAGCGAGCACUUACGUGUCCGGCCAGCCGGCUUUCACCAGCAUCCCAACUGCUCCGAGGUGCUCCUGCUUCCCCCUCUCCUCGGGGAGCAAUCCCUGGAGGUCUCACUCCGAGGAGGGCUCUGAGCUCAGCUGUACAUACCAGGAGGAGUCUCCCUGCUCACCUGGAGCCGCCCACGGUCACGCAGCCCUUUGGAUGCCCCAAGUGCCAGCAGCAAACUGGAGGGUGGGGGUGUCUGCACAGCCCGGAGGGAGCUCUGGGGCCAGGGGAGCAGCAGAAACAUGUGCUGUGUAACUUUUUAAAUUAAUUUUCUAGUUGAAAGUGGCUUGUUUCUAGCUGUGAUCUUGUACAAAGAACACCUGUAAGAUACCCUUGUCUUGCUUUGGCACAUGUACAGUUUAUAUAAAAUCGUGUUUGCUUUAUAUUUUCCCCCUCUUUAAAACUCAUUUUCCUACCAGUAGCAGGAGUUACAGCAGGGGAAUUGUUGGGGAGGGGAGUCCCAGUCCCUCUCAGCCACGCUCUCACCAUGUUUUGUAGUAACACCCUCCCUCGUGCUCCCCUGGUCAGCCCAAUCCUGUGCCACGGCCCAGCACUGGCUCCUGUCACCCCAGAUGCUGACUUUUCCCUAAAGAACCUUUUCUCAUCCCCUCUCCAUCAUGACAGGUUUGGAUCAUACAAUCAGGGCUUGAACUUUUUAUCCCAGAAGUGUUCGAUUUGGAACAAAUGGGCCACGGGGCUGCUCAGUGCUGGUUUUGUCACAGAAAAGCAAAAGCAGCUGUUGCAGCUCCUGGGAUUUGAGAAGAAAAGAACCAUCGAUUACAAACUGCAGCCUAGAAUUGCAGCCUAGUUUUGUGAACUUUUUAGGGUUGGGGUUUUUUUGGUUUUGUUUUUUUUUUUUAACAGGUAUUUGUUUCAGUUCUGGGUUGUCAAUGGCUGCAGAUGAGGCAGGUUUCCAGCCCCUUCCCUCUCCCCAGCCUCACUCCCUGCCCCACGGAAUAGCACUGACGUUUGUAUCUCGCACGUCCCUUCAGAGGCUGUUUUGUCCUGUUUCCUAGAGAACAUUUCCUGCAGGUCCUACACGGUGGAACCUUUGGAACUGUACGUUUUUUAAAAAAAAUCAGUGUCAUUUGGGGGGAGGGGGUUUCUGCCAAGGGCUGUACUUGUAAUAAAUUGGAAACUUAAGAAUAAACAUUAUGUACUUGUGUUUGUAAA